AGAGACGCCUUUUCAAGUCGAAAAAAGGAACACUAUUCAAACAGCCUUAUGUUUUGUGGUAAGCAAGUAACUUUUUCUUCAUGUAACUAUGUAUUCAAAAGGAAGUGAUUUUUUUUUUUUUUGGUCUUCCUUUGGUCAUCGAGUAAAUGUUUUAAAAGUUGAUAUGUGUAAAUGUUUCUCUACCGUGACUCUUUUAAAUGCACAGGGAUGACAUUAUUGUAAGUACAGUAAACAGAAACAAUCUCCAUGGACCUAUGAUUAUUGAUUGUUGCACAAACACAAAAAAAAGGGGUCAGGUGCCUAGGGCCUUUAACUGUAACAAAAGUGAUACAUUCAGCAACACUGCAAAACAGCAGUGAUGAAAAUCACACUUCUACUGCAUCCAAAUGACCACAGCAGCACGUAAACAGUCAUAGAUUUAAAGCUGAAACAACACUUCACAAUAAUGAACAUGAUAUUUUUGGUGAGUAAAGUGAAUUAUGCCAUCAAAGAAAGCCCUAUUGUUGUCAGGGAGUAAAUUUUUGCCCGUCUUGCCUUUUUGCUUGCAAAGUCAUUUUUCAUUUAGCUGGCUGCCAACCUCACGAUUGAUCCAACCCGAUCUCUUGAAAAUGUGUCAAUAGAACGAGUUUAUGUUUCAAUUUGGUGUACUAUAUGCAUAAAUGGACUUUGGCGUGCAUAUGAUACACAGUGGUUAGGAUUAGGGGUAUGGUGUAGAUGCGUAUCAUUUGCAUGCAUAAACUGCAUAUCAAAUGCAUGCCAAACAUAUGCGUAUCAUAUGCACACCAAAGUGAAUAUAGCAUGGUUUUCUGUUUUUAUGUGGCAUACUAUUUAUAUGCAUUUUCAUGAGACCAGGCUCGACUGAUGCUAAUUAUGGCAUGGCACUUGAGCUUUGAGAAGCUUCACUCCGCCAAUGCCACUGGUACAUGAAAUGCUAAGAAGAGCUACCUGAAUGUUUGGGUACAAAUCACAUUUCCCUUUAUCAUGCAGGAAUGCAAGUAGUUCCAGUGCUGUUAGUUUGCUUUAGGGAAAGUUAUGAUACUUUCUAAUUCCAUGAUGAGGUAUUUCCAGUCAACAUCAGACUCAUUUCUAGUGCUCAAUGUUCUUCCAAGCUGCUAAAAUUGAUACCUUAUUGUCUGAACAUCAAUAUUUUGAAAGUUAUUUUGCACUCUAAAAUUGUCUCUCACCUCACCCAGGGAGCUGAAAUGGUCCUCAAGCAUUUGGAUAGCAUAUUCCACCACAAGAUUAAAGAAUGACACAUCCAUUCUUUUUUGGGCACUGGGCUUUGGCUCAUCAGCUGCUUUAUAAUUGUCUCUUUGUGGUUCAGAGCCUUUUCUCCUUAAAGUCCAUAUAAAGUCAAUUCUGAGAAUUGUUUGUAGAUACAUUAUAAAUGUUAGAAAUGCAUCGCUGAAACAUGUUACAAAGACUGUGAACUAUGUAGUACUAAAUUGUGGAGUUAGACCGCUAACGGUUUUUCACCAUUUUCGUGAUCAGGAUUUUUGGGGCGGAGCUAAAUCAUGACUCGAUGAUGCAAUCAAGCCACCGAGCACGGCCCCUCCUCCAACGCUAUAAGAGAUGUGUUCGACUUGAAGCAGCACUGCAGAACGAUCAGUGUGUGACAUCAAAGUACAGUGAGAGCUACAGAGAGCAGACGCUCCUGAUGCUUUCGAAUCGAUCUCACGGUACUUUGAUGUCAUGCACUGAUCGUUGUGCAGUGCUGCUUCAUGUCGAACACACCUAAUAACUAGAGCGCUUUAGCAUCAGUGGUUUAUGAUUCAAUCACGAGUUCCUGUCAUUACCGUUAGUUACUACAUCCUACAGUUUGCUAGCUAGCUAUGCCUUCGUCAUGUAAAUGCUUAAUUGGUUGCGAUCAUUUACUAAACAGAUCGGUCUCUUUAUCAAAUAAGCUGCUAGAGGAAGACAGUUUAGAGAGACGGCAGCAUUCCCAUGAGUGGGCGUGGUUUCAGCACCGCCAGUGGACACGCCGCCAGCGUUUGAGAGCAGAACGCAGCUUAUUUGACAGCUUAUUUUUUCAAGAUUUUGAUACCUUUUAUUAUUUACUUGACAGGUUUUUUUUAGCAUUCAAACUCAAAACACACAUUUAAUAUUGACUUUACACGGACUAUAAGCACUGCUUAGACAUAUAUUUCCUCAAGCUUUUUUUUCGGUUGCUGUCUUGACUGCAUCGUUAAAGAUGAUUUCACUGUAGGGUAAGGUAGUGGCAACAGAUAAACUGAAAGCAGAGGUGGAGAAAGCAAGACCAAAGGAGGCUGAUGCAGUGGCAACAAUGUCAUGUUAGGUAGUUGCAGCUUCUGCAUGGGGCCCUGUACAACCCCGCUGUUAUGAUCCAAAGGAAACAUAUGCACAGAACUGACAGUUUCGAUUUCUCCUUCCAGUUUUCAACAUAGAACAAUGUUAUGAACCAAAUGGACCAGUGGUACAGUACUUUACAACCACAAAUAGAUGUUAAAUUGAUGUCUGCUUACUGGAUAUAACAAAUAUCUGAACAUUGUGUUGUGUCAAUGUAAACAUUGACAAAUAUUUGAGAAAACUUAAAAAAAAAUAAAAAAAUAAACCAAUCGCAGCUCGCAUCAAGUUCAAGUCACUGAUGCUUGCUCAUAGAACAACCACAGGCUCAGCACCCGCCUACAUGCACUCACUAUUAAGAAUCUACAUCCCCUCCAGAAAUCUGAGAUCUGCUAGUGAGCGACGCCUCGUGGUACCAUCACAAAGAGGCUCAAAAUCACUCUCCAGAACAUUCUCGUUCACCAUUCCUGGCUGGUGGAAUGAUCUUCCCACCCAUAUUCGGAGUACUGGAUCCCUGUCAAUCUUCAAGCAACAGCUGAAAACUCAUCUCUUUCGACACUACUUGACUUCAACCUACACAUAAUAAAAAAAAAAAAAAAAAAAUCUUUCUCCUUACUUAUUCCUUCCCUUGCUAGCUUGUACUUAUUUAAACAAUGCCUGAGACUUGGUGUUACAAGAACUUCCUUUGUCGAAUUGCCUCUUCAAGAUGAAUCGCUUCAUGUGUUCCCCAAAUUGUAAGUCGCUUUGGAUAAAAGCGUCUGCAAAAUGACUAAAUGUAAAUGUAAAUGUAAAUUAUAGCUACUAGCAAGCACUGUUUAAUUCAGUUUGAAAAGUUGCAAAAAUUGCAAUUGUGGUUCUAUUUGAACUUUAGCUUAAAAGUACAUUGAUUCAUUAUAUUUUAAAUUAUAUUAUAAUUAAUUGAUAUAUUUAUAUUAUGGGAAAUGUAAAUAAACUGCAUAAAUCUUGAGCUGUGCUGCAGUUAUACAACAGUAGAUUGUGUGCAUCCUUAGGAGUAUAGCUUUACUACAAAGCACCAGUGUUGGGAACGUUACUUUAAAAAAGUAAUUAGUUAUAGUUACUAGUUACUUCUCACAAAUAGUAACUGAGUUAGUAACUGAGUUACAUCAUUAUAAAAGUAACUAAUUACCAGGGAAAGUAACUAUUGUGUUACUUUUAAAAAAAAUGUUCAAAUGUCAAAUAACUUUGGAUGCCCCCAAUAUUAAAUAUGUUAAAUUAAUGAAAUGGACACUAAAAAGAAUAAAUUAUUAUUAUAAAACAUUGUACAUUAAUCUACACUAUGUAUCUACUGACACUUAGUAUCAGUCAGUCAAGCAUUAUAAUAUAAUACUAUGAUAAUUUAAUAUUAUAUGAUGAUAGAACUUUAGUAAUUAGAAUAACCAAGUAUGAAUGCAAAUUUGUCAUCAAUAUAAAACGCACUAAGGAUUAAUGAGCUGCUGGGUUCAUGAAUAUUAAUCACAUUGUCUGCGUUCGCUCGAAUUGAUUUGCUGAAAUCAAAACAGGGGCGAUAAUAGGUGAGCGCCAGCCAAUGAGAUUGUCGUUUGCGCAUUAGUUCCGCCCACUACCGGAGAAACCGGCAGUUCUUAAAAGCUGAAGAAUUCCAAAGGAACUCCGUUAUUUUGACAGGAAAAUACAACAAAGAAUAUAAUUUACAUCUAUAAUGUAGCGCGUCAAUUCUGCAAGUUAUGAAAGACUCUGCGUGCGUGAACGUGAGAGAAAGCGACGGCGAGUCGUGCGCCUUCACACUAGAGUUUAUGGUACGUCAAAUACAGCUACACUGCACAUCCAUUCAGAUGAACUGAAAAAUUGAAUUCUAAUAAUAUAAUAUAGUAACGCCACAUUUUAUUGUCAGUAACGGUAACGGCGUUGUAACGGGGGAAACAGUAAUUCGUUUGAUUACUCGUUACUGAAAAAAAUAACGCCGUUAGUAACUCCGUUUAUUUAUAACGCUGUUAUUCCCAUCACUGCAAAGCACUAAAGGGAAAAUUCACACCAAAAUGAAAAUUCCGUCAUCAUUUACUCACCCUACAUCCUGCUUUGUAUGCUUUCCGUCCAUUUAAUUCUUUUUGGCAUUUUUUUAUUUCAACAAUAAAAAAAAGGUAAUCAAUCUAUAAACACUCUUUUUAAGAAAAGAGGAGGAAUCUGACGCCAAAAUGAGUCUCUGUAAAGAAAAAGAAGAUGAAGACACUGCCGCCAAAAUGAGUUUUCCUGAAUCAAGCUGCAAUCAACCCAGAGAGAAUUUGCCCUCUUCCUUCAAUGAUGCAGUAAAGACCUCUGACCCCAGCAACAGCAGAAAGAAGAGAACGAGAUCAGAGUCUCCAGCUCCCAGUGCCGUGCCUGUGAAAAGUGACAGCUCUAAUGAGCAACAUCCUGGAUUUAGUACUGGAACAGUGACCUCUGAUCCUCUAAGGGGGGAGAUACAAGAGCUCAGAUCUGUGCAGUCCUCUACAUCCCACUAUCAGAUUUACAUCAAGCAGGAAAGUACCAAAUCAGUCCUGCGGAAACAAACACUGGAGACUGGAGACCUACAGAGAGUCAAAGACCGGCACAAAACUAGCAUGAAGAACAAGUACGAGAGAUUAUUUGAGGGUAUCAAUCUCCAAGAGAAUCAAGCCCUCCUGAACAGGAUCUACACAAAGCUCCACAUCAUGGAGGGAGAGAGUGAAGGAGUGAAGGAAGAACAUGAGGUUUUACAGAUGGAGAAAACAGCCAGAACAAAACACUUACAAGACACUCCAAUCUACUGCAAUGACAUCUUUAAAGCCUCACCUGAACCAGGAUGUGAGGAGAAAGACCAAAUCAAGACUGUUCUUACUAAAGGCAUCGCUGGAAUCGGAAAAACCGUCUCUGUGCAGAAGUUCAUUCUGGACUGGGCCGAGGGAAAAGCCAAUCAGGAUGUAGAUUUAAUUUUUGUGCUUCCAUUUCGAGAGCUGAACUUGAUCCGAGAUCAUCAGUACAGUCUUCACAGUCUCCUGCUGGACUUUCAUCCUGAACUUCAAGAUCUGGACUCAAAGAUUUAUGAGGAGUGUAAAGUUGUGUUCAUCUUUGAUGGUCUGGAUGAAAGCAGAAUCACACUGAUGUUUUCAGAUGAUCAGAAAGUUUGUGAUGUGACGGAGACUUCAUCAGUGGGUGUGUUGAUGUCAAAGCUCAUGAAAGGAGAGCUGCUUCCCUCUGCUCUCAUCUGGAUCACCUCCAGACCAGCAGCAGCCAAUCAGAUCCCCUCCAAAUACAUCAACCGUUUGACAGAAAUUCAGGGAUUCAAUGAACCUCAGAAGGAGGAAUAUUUCAGGAAGAGAAUCAGUGACCAGCAUCAAGCCAGCAGAAUCAUCUCACACAUCAGAAGAGCAAGAAGCCUCCACAUCAUGUGCCACAUCCCCGUCUUCUGCUGGAUCUCAUCCACUGUGCUUCAGAAGCUCCUGGAAGAAGAUUUGAGUGCAGAAAUCCCUCAAACUCUGACUGAAAUGUACAUCCACUUCCUGCUGAUUCAGAUCAACCUGAGGAACCAGAAGUAUGAAGAGAGAGAUCCAGAGAAACUCCUGCAGUCCAACAGUGAAGUGAUUGUGAAACUUGCUGAAGUGGCUUUCAAACAGCUGAUGAAGGGCAAUAUGAUGUUCUAUGAGGAGGACCUGAUUGAGAGCAGCAUAGAUGUCACUGAUGCCUCAGUGUAUUCUGGGAUUUGCACUGAGAUCUUUAAGGAGGAAUCUGUGAUUCAUCAGAGGAAAGUCUACAGCUUCAUUCAUCUGAGUGUUCAGGAAUUUCUUGCUGCUUUCUUUGUGUUUUACUAUUACAACAGACAAACAUCUGUCACAUCCGAGUUUUUUGAUUUAAUUUAUAGUUUACUGGAAGGUGCAGUAGAUAAAGCUGUUGAGAGUGAGAAUGGACAGCUGGAUCUGUUCCUGCGGUUCCUGCUGGGAAUCUCACUGAAGUCCAAUCAGAGUUUCUUACAGGAUCUACUGACACACACAGAGAACAGCUCAGAGAGCAUCAGGAGAACCACACAGUACAUUAAAGAGAAGAUCAAAGAUGGACAUGGACUCUCCACUGAAAGAUCCAUCAAUCUGUUCCUCUGUCUGCUGGAAGUGAAAGAUCAGACUCUGUCCAGAGAGAUUCAGGAGUUUGUGAAAUCAGACAAACACUCAGAGAAGAAACUCUCUCCUGCUCACUGCUCAACAAUCGCCUACAUGCUUCAGAUGUCUGAGGAGGUGCUAGAUGAGCUGGACCCAAAGAAAUACAACACAUCAGAUGAGGGGAGAAGAAGACUGAUACCAGCUGUGAUCAACUGCAGAAAAGCUCUUCUUGCUGGCUGUAAUCUCACUGCUCAGGAUUGUGAAAUUAUGUCAUCAGCUUUACAAUCUUCAAAUUCUGUCCUGAGAGAGCUGGAUCUGAGUAACAACGACCUGCAGGAUUCAGGAGUGAAGCUGCUCUCUGAUGGACUGAAGAGUCCAAACUGUCAGCUGCAGAUACUGAGGUUGUCAGGCUGUAUGGUGACAGAGGAAGGCUGUGGUUAUUUGUCUUCAGCUCUGAGUUCAAACCCCUCACACCUGAGAGAGCUGGAUCUGAGCUACAAUCACCCAGGACCAUCAGGAGUCCAGCUGCUCAAACACAAACUGAAGGAUCCAAACUAUAAACUGCAGAUACUCAAUAUGGACCAUGGAGGACAGACCAGGAUUUCACUAGGACUGCGGAAAUAUGCCUGUGAUCUCACACUGGAUCCAAACACAGCACAUGCUAAUCUCGUCCUGUCCGAGGAGAACAGGAAGGUGACACGAGAGGAAGAUCAUCAGCCGUAUCCUGAUCAUCCAGACAGAUUUGAUGGCUUUGAGCAGGUUCUGUGUGGAGAGAGUCUGACUGGACGCUGUUACUGGGAAGCUGAAUGGAGUGGAAGGGGAGCUGAUAUUUCAGUAGCUUAUAAAGGAAUCAGGAGGAAAGGGCUGAGUGAAGACUGUUGGUUUGGAUACAGUGAAAUGUCCUGGAAUCUGUAUUGCUCUAGUAGAAGUUAUUCUGCUUGCCACAAUCUAAAGAAAACAGAUAUACCUGCUCCUUCAUCGUCUAAAAGAGUAGGAGUGUAUCUGGACUGUCCAUCUGGCACUCUGUCCUUCUACAGCGUCUCUGACACACUCACACACUUACACACAUUCAACACCACAUUCACUGAACCCCUCUACGCUGGAUUCAAGGUUUAUCCAGACUCCCCUGUGUUAUUGCAGUAGAACAGCAAAACCCCCUAGACAUACCUGCCAUGUAAAAACACAGCUAAAUAUGCUUAAAACAUGGUCCUAGAUUUAAAGGGAGACAAAACCCUUAUUUAUUAUGAUGCCAUCUAUUUUUGAUUUUACAAAGUUUGAACUUGUACAUUAUUUUAUGAAAUUUGUUAUUAUUUGUGAUCUGUUGUUAUCACGUGAAACAGCAUAUUUGAGUCAUCCUAUUGUUAUAGUCAGAAAAAAACAAUACUACUACUAUUACUCCUCUGUUACUAUUACAUGUCCCACAUUUUGAAAACAAUCACCAAUCAUUCAAUAAGAAAAACAAAUCCUAUAUUAUUACAUUGUGUGGUUGGUGUUUUGGUCAGCGUUUAUUUAAAUAAUCUUACAAUGCCAUCGCCAGCAAUACUCAGACUGUGCUAAUACCAAUCAGCAUUAUUACACUGAGUGACAUUGCUAGUUAUGGUUAUUUCUGUUUAGACACUCGUAUGCUGAUUUGUUUCUGUUCCUGUUAUAUUGAGUUCUAGUUUCCUAUGUUUAUUUCCAGUUUUCUGUGUUUAUAUUCUCAUUUGUUUCUAAUUAUGAUUAGUUCAUCCUUUGUUUUAUUCACUGAUUGUCCUGUCUUGUCUUAACAUGGUCAGCUUGUGGUUUAAUAA